GAGGAGCUUGCUACCGGGAGAAAUAAAUCGCCUUCACACAGAGGAGAGUUCCUACAUGUGAAAGUCGGUAUUAUAACGAUGAACAGUCUGAAGACGUUUUCGAAAGCGUUGGCCACAUGUCGACACCACUUCUUAAAGUUUUAUGUUCAAAGAGAGAUGAGCAGUGUCGUGGGAAGUUCUGGAAGAGUGCUGUAUGGAGUUCAACAGUUUGACACUGCACAGACAACAACGUCCCACCAUCCUGCAUGUCGAGUCCAGGUUCCAUCGGUGGGGUACACAUCUGUAGCUGUGAAGCAGCCCAGUUUGUGGGACAGAGCCAAGAAUCAGAUGGGCAUCACUGGCAGACUGAAGUAUCCUAAAGCGAAACUGAAGCUGUCAGGAUACAACAUGUACACCUGCUGUCAGGCUCAAGUGGACUUGGAACAAAUGUUUCGGGAUCUGAACCUGCCCGACACCUUCAACUCCUGGUUCCUGGUCACAGAGCUGCAUGUCUGGAUGUGUAUGGUGCGUCUAGCUGUACUGGACAAGGAGGGCCGUGUUGUACGGAACAGCUUGGUGGAGGCGAUGUGGGCCGACGUGGACAGGAGGAGCAAGCAGCUAGGGAAUGCAGCCUCGUUGACUGCACGGAAGGAGGGCAUCAAGGAUCUUGGAGGUGCUUUCUAUGCUGCUCUCUUCUCUUAUGACGAGGGUAUUCUGGGAGAUGACAGAGAGUUGGCGGGAGCUGUGUGGAGGAUUCUGUUUGAAAGGGAGCAGGACAAGGAAGCGCACCAGUUGGCCCUUAUGGUGGAGUACGUCAGGAAGCAGGUCCAUCACAUGGACCAGCAGGACUCAGACCUGAUGCUGCGGCGUGGCGUUGUCACCCUCCUCCCUCUCUAUGGGGACAAACUCAAUGUGGACGAGGUCAAUAGCAAGCUCCUGGCUAUAUACAGCAAGAAGAUGGUGUCUUGAUGCUUCAUCUGUCUGACUUUACUAAUCAUGUGGACAGCAUAGCUAUGAUUUGGAACACAGUCAUGUGUUGAGAGAUGGUGUUUCAGUGUGGAUGCUUUCCCAUCCUCGUUUCAGCAACUGGAUUGAUGCCUCACCAUGAACCUUUUUCGAACAGUUAUGCAAUAUUUCGUGAACAUUAAAUCAACAGUUCUUGGA